AUGGGCGAGAACAGCAAAAUACUUCAUGCUCGAGAAAUAUGGGAUCAAAUCCUUCAAAGGAAGCAUCAAUCGAAAUACAAGAAGUAUCUGGCUGAGCAAUGCUCCGCUGAACCAAGUGUUUGUGGGCGCUCAUCCAAUAUGGCAUCCUCUCUGCAGUGUUUUGGUUGUGGUGCGGAGUUUGGAUUUUUCAAGAGAGAGCAUGGCUGUAAUAACUGCGGUCGGUUGUUCUGCUACUUUUGUACCACAAAGACCAUUGUGCUACCCAACAAAGGCAACAAAAAACAAAAAGUGUGUGAUAAAUGCUAUAAGGAGCUUACUAGACCAUCGAAUGCCAACAACAAAGGAUCUGAGAAGCAGAGUCUAAAUGAUCUCAGUCAGGGAAACCAGACAAUAAAAUCUUCUUCAGUCAAAGUUGCUGUGAUGAAUAUUCCAGUGGAUGAAGAAGAUGGAGCAGUAGCGCCAAGUGCUACUAAAAACAGCAAGACGCAAUGUGACCCUGAUGAGCAGAUACAACAAAGACUACAAAAACUGAAAGAUGAUGGCCAGCAUAGGGGCACAGAUGCAGACAUUGGCAAGAAGUUUGAGGAACUGACAGGGAGAAAAGCUAUCAGCAUGCAGCCAUCAUCAGAUCUUCUGAAGCCACGGCCAAGGAAAACUGAGACAGAGCAGACCAGUGACCUUAUCAAGCAAAUGAAGGAUGAGUGUGCUGUAGACAGCGGAGGUGGAAUAGACACUACAGAUGCCCCCACCAAAGAUUUAAACGAGGAAGAUGAAGUUGAUGCGCUAAUAAGGAAAGCAGAAGAGGAAUGUCGACUAGAGGGGGCCACCGCUUUAGCUGAUCAGGACAUAGAAGCUAGGCUAGCCAAGCUGAAGGACAUAGAUCCAAGUUCCUACAAGACUCCUGCACCCAUGGAUGUUGAUAGUGAUGAUGAGGAAGAGAUGAACAGAAGAUAUUUGAAACAGGUGCUUGGAGAAGCUCUGCUUGAAGACAAAACAGAAUCUUUAGGUUAUGAUCCAUCUUCAAUAGGGAAUCAAAGUAAAAACUCAAUGGAUCCCCCUAAAUUGAAGAAAGGGAAGGCUUCCAAGGGCAAACAUAACGAGUCCAGCACCAGCACCUUUAGCAAAGAUUAUGAGGCUGACAGUGAUGACGACGAGUUGCCAUGGUGCUGUAUCUGUAACGCCAAUGCAGUGUUGAGAUGUCAUGGCUGUGAUGAUGACUUGUAUUGUAAAAGAUGUUAUAGGGAAGGUCACAGCAAAGACGACUAUGAUGACCACGAAGUGUCCAGUUUUAGACCUAAAAAGGGCAAAAAGAGAUGAUGAAUACAUCCAUGUACGUCAUGUCAAAGAAUUAAAUAAUUGUUUAAGUAAGUUGUAAGCUAGUGCAGUUGUAAAUAUAUAUUGAACAGUAUUUCUGUAAGAUUGUACAAAAUAUUGUAAAGCCAUUAUGGCAGAAAGUUCCUAAAAAAUGUUGGUGAUGCAUUCAGUUUUUCUCUAACAUCUUAAUUUCGGUUUUCAUGAAAAAUGAUUUCUUAGAGUCAAUGUGCAACAAUGAUCUGAUGUUUUUAUAAAAUUUGUUUAAAAAGAUUUAAAACAUCUGCAUUGACAGUAAAACAAUGUUAAUAGAGCAUUUAUGGUAAAUGUGACAAAAUGGAAACUAUAUACACAAAAGCUUCUUUUAUUUGUCAAUACCAGCAUUAACUUGCUAAAAAGAAAAGUAACAGUUCCUUUUUGCUCUGAUAAUAUUUUGUUUUACAAAUUAUCUGUAUUUUUUCCAGGCAAAUAUUUCUUAUACUGCUAUGAAACUUUUAGCUUUCUUCGAGAGGGGACAGCAUAUGUCACCCCAACCUAAGAAAAAAAAAUAGCUGUUGCUGAUUGAACAUCAUCCAAAGAAUACUAAUUCAGAGGUUUCAUCAGGACCCGGCAGCCGGCGGAAGCGCCGGCUAUUUCCCACCAAGCGCCGGCUACUUUUUCUUUUAAAUUCGACUUAAGUUUUAUUUUAACAAGAAAGAUUAAAUAACCUUCACCCCCUACUUAUCACUCUCCACCGCCUACUCUGAAAGUAAAUGUAAGCCCUACUAAUUGUAGCCUGUUUAUAAAAAAAAUAACAACUUUGCUG